GUUUUCAUUUCUGAACUUCUCACAGAUAUUUGAAGCACUCUUAUUAUCAUCACAAAAUUAUUUUUCCGGAAUUUGAGAUGGAACUGUCUCUCCCUCAUCCCGUGGUUUUUACGACUGAUAAAUCUGUUUUUUCACUAAAAUCAGAUUUUCUCCCUUCAGCUUCUUUCUUCAAGUCAGAAUCUGGCAAGAGAGAUUAUAACAAGGUAUGGAAGUCACGAAACCUCUCAUUUACCAUCAUUGCAUCUAUCAAACAUGUCCGUGAUCCAUCACUAGACAAGCAUGUAGUGAAGCAAAAUAAGAUCCGUUUUGUGCAAAAGCUCAAAACUUUACUCCUUUCUAAACCGAAACACUAUAUGCCACUUCAUAUCCUUGGUAAAUGCAGGUCCUAUUUAUCCCUUUCAAAGCCUCGAUCACUUGUAUCUAUGAUCCACCGUUACCCAACCAUAUUUGAACUAUUCACUAUACCUUUACCUCCCACACCAUUCAACGCAACAAAAACACUUCCCCAACUAUGUGUCCGGCUUACUCCAGCUGCCGCAUCUUUGGCAAGUGAAGAAGCUAAACUCAAAACUGCUAUGUCCAACUCCUUAGCCAAUAAACUUCAAAAACUUCUUAUGCUUUCCUCUCAUAACAGGCUCCUUUUGUCAAAGUUGGUUCACAUUGGCCCUGAUCUUGGCCUCCCUACUAAUUUCCGGUCCCGUCUUUGUAACGAGUACCCGGAUAAAUUUAAGAUUGUUGACACCUCUUAUGGGCGUUCUCUUGAGUUGGUGUCAUGUGACAUUGCUCUGGCUAAUCCACUGCCUUUUCCUGAUAUAAAACCUCUUGGCUUGAUAGUAGACAGACCAUUAAAGUUCAACCGUUUGAGACUUCGUAAGGGGAGGAAUAUAAAGAGACAUCAUGAGGAAUUCUUGAUUAAGUUCAAAGAAAUAACGGAUGUGUGUCCAUAUCGUACAAAUGUUGCAGAGUUCCCAAAAGAAUCUAUCAAGGCAGAAAAGAGGGCUUGUGAUGUAGUAAGGGAGAUAUUAGGUAUGAUGGUUGAAAAACGAACAUUAGUCGAUCAUUUGACACAUUUUCGGAAAGAGUUUGGUCUGUCAAACCAGUUGAGAGCUAUGCUGUUGAGGCACCCAGAAUUAUUUUAUGUGAGCUUGAAGGGCCAGAGGGACUCGGUUUUUCUGGUGGAGGGGUAUGAUGACAAGGGUACACUUUUAAAGAAAGAUGAAUCAUCUAUAAUAAAAGAUUUGUUAUUGGACAUGGUUAAGGAAGGGAAAUGGAUGAGGCGAGAGAGAAGGAACGAUGUUGAAAAUGGCUUUAGUUAUGAAACUCCUAUAGUUACAGAAGAGCAUGGCAGUCUUGAUGAGGCUGAUGAUGAUCUUAUUGACGGCUUGGAUGACUUAUUUGAAUCUGACGUUUAUGGUUUAGAGAACAUCGAAGGAGAAGAAGAUAUUUUAAAUGUUGAUUCAAUGCAUCUAGCUGAGGAAGAAGAGUUUUGGUAUAGCAAGGACAGUCAAUCUUUAGAACCUUGGUGAUCACAGCUACUAAUUUUGUAAGUAGGUGGAUCAGUUCAAUCUGUCGUGGAAUGAUAUAUAGAAUUUGAUGUUAUUACUAACGUGUUGCUUAUUGGUCAAUGGAGCAUUAAUGGAUUUAAUUUUAAUGA